AUGGAAUGCAAUUAUUCAGGAAAUUAUAAAAUUUCACAUUCAAAGAAACGUAAAUUAUUUGGAAGUGAAAAAAUUCGAGCAUUAACUACGAUGCUAAAUGAAAACAUUAAUCCUUCAGUGUUUAACCGUAUUGAAGCAAGUCGUUUAAUGUCUGAAGGUGAUAAAGCCCCUGCACAAAUUCCAAGCUUGAUAAGUCUUAGAACAGCAAAAAGCAGAGCAAUUUCCUUAACAAGGCUUCAUCAAGACCCAGUAAUUGCAAUAAAUAUUAUGAAAUACAAUUCAACAUUUUGUUCUAUUAUUCGUCAUAUUGGUUACGAUGGUUUUUUUGUUCAUUUUUGGAGCAACUUACAACUUCGAAUUUACAAAGAUUGUUACUCAAAAUGUAAAAUUCCUUCAAUAUCAUUUGACGCUACAGGAGGAUGCUGUAGAAAAAUAAAAAGACCGGACAACACUAUGAGUAGUAACCUAUUUCUGUAUGAAGGUGUUAUGAAAGUAGAUGGAAAAACAUUCACAGUUUGUUCAAUGAUCUCCGAAAAACAUGAUACAUUAAGUAUAUGUACUUGGUUAAAACGAUGGUUGAAGUGUGGUGUCAAAUCUCCUAAAAUGGCUAUAUCUGACCAAUCUUUGGCCCUUAUGUCUGCAAUUGUACAAUCCUUUACGCAGUACAAUUCCCUUGAAGAGUACUUAAGAAUAUGUUUCAAAUUAAUCAUGAAUACUCAAGUUAACGAAAAAGAUAUACCUUUAUGUUUUGUAAGAAAUGAUAUCAACCAUUUUGUAAAAUUAAUAUCACAAUGGACUCCACUUAAAAAAUCUAAGUUCCCUAGAACUGACAAUUGUUUAUUCGUUCUAUGA